GGCGUGAUGAGCAUGGGGCCGUGGGGUGGAUCCGGCGGGAGUCCGUUCUACAUGCGCGUCGUCAGCGCUCCUCGCCUUGGUAGCAUCGUCCUCUACCAUUCCAGCGCCAUCCACUCCCUCUCCUGCGAGUACACCCUCGCCGGCGACUAUGAGGGCUCGCCGCACAGAGUCGCUGGUCCGUGGGGCCUCCCGGAUUCCUACGGCUCCAGAGCAGUUCGUACCCAGAUCGACCUGCGUUCAGGGGAGCACAUCACGGCAAUGGAGGGGACGGCGGCGCUCUUCGCGAACGUCCCCACCGUGGUGAUCACGUCGCUGACGUUCCGCACCAGCGCCGGCAGAACGUACGGGCCGUACGGCUGCGUGGCCCCGGGGUCGCGCUACUUCUCCGUGCCGGUGGCCGACGGCGCCUGCGUCGUCGGCUUCUGGGGUCGCUCCGGCUGGCUUCUCGACGCCAUUGGUGUUUACAUCAAGCCUUCUUGCUCGUCGUCAUCAUCAUCAUCAUUAUCAUACGCGGCGGCAUACAAGAAGAAAUAUGCAUCCAGACGUCAGGGACGAAAUUAGUACGGCUACGGCACUGCGUAUACUGUGACGAUGAUGCAUGGAAACAUAAAUAAAUAACAGCAAAUCGCCCGGGCGUAUAUUGUAAUAGACAAACUAAAUCUGAGAAGACUUUUAUUUGUGGAUGGAGUGAUUAUCUAGCUGAUCACUGGCAUUUGUAUGGCUGAAAAGACCUAAGCUGUGGUCAGACGCGUGGUCAAUGUGGAAUGCAAAACCUAUACCAAUGACUGUAAGAGAAAAUUCAUGUUCAUGAUGAGACGACAA